UGAUUCUUGAUGGCAGCUCCUCGCGAGUCCGGGUUUCCAUCGUGCCGUUCGACGAGUCUAUGGGAAGGUCCGCGAAAUCCGACAUGGUGAACCUUCCCAGGAAGUUGACAGCACACGUUUGGAUAGAAAUGACAAUUUUAAUGGGAAAAAAUUCAUCCAAUACUAUGUCGAGGAACUCAAGGAGCAGCUUCGUGGUGGCCCACCAAAACGAUGAUUGCCAACCCUAUCUGGCGUGGCAGUGCACACGUUCAUGCAUUUAUUGACACUCUCGGACCGGAUUUGAUUCACGCUCUAGCAGGCGCGGUCUGGCGUUUGAUUUUAUUGGAUUCUUGUAGACGAAAACUGUACAAUUGCGAUAUACCCCACAUAUGGUCGUUGCUCUUCCUCUCAUUUCAUCCUUUCAAUUCAGGACUUGACGCACUAUCAUCAACCCGGAUUUUAGGUUUGGGCUAUCUUGUCAUAUCUCCAUGUUAUUUGGCUCUCAUUCCUUCCGGAGAGGAACCACUCUUUGGAAACCUAGAACCACGCACUACCACAAUUGCGCGGAUUCGUUCUCUGUCGGUGUACAUAUCUCUAUUAUCCAGUUGGCGUAGGGGCGCCGCGCGGCUAAAGGAUCUCAAUCCAUUGGCUUUGCGCUGGCACGCCUCUCUUAAAUCCUUUUGAGAUGUAUUAAUAUACAAAUAUAUGAAUAUACAAGUGUAUG